AUGCCAACUCAUUUCUCUUCAAAACUUUCGCACGACUAUUCACAACUUCUUGAUAAUGCGGAUGAUUAUAAUGUCAGUAUUCAAGUCGGUGAAGGUUCGAACGUAAAAGAAUUCCGAGCCCAUUCAAACAUUCUGAGAGCGAGGUCACCUUAUUUUAUGAGAGCUUUUUCUAGUGAUUGGGCCGUUAAGAAAGAUAAUAUCAUCAUAUUUAAUAAACCAAACAUUACACCCAUGGUAUUUGCUAUGAUGCUUAAAUAUAUUUAUGCGGGAACUCUUGAUUUAGAUAAACAAUCAGGUUCUGACAUUCUUGGACUUUUAAUAGCAUCGGAUGAACUACUGCUGGACGAAUUAAUAACCUACUGUCAGAAUCACCUUAUCGAAGAAAAAUCAAAUUGGUUGAGGCUUAAUAUCGUUCAAGUUUUACAAACCGUUAUUAGGCAUGACAGAUGCAAGAAACUUCAAGAUCAUUGUCUGGAAUAUAUUUGCCAAGACCCGCAAACAUUCUUCUCCUCGAAAAAUUUUCAAUCUUUGGAUAGAGACAUCCUAUAUGGAUUAUUAUCACGAGACGACCUGCAAUUCGAGGAAAUAGAAAUUUGGGAGCAUUUGAUCAAAUGGGGAACCACUCAGACUUCUACAGCUAACGACAAGGUGUUCAACGAUGUUACAAAGUGGUCAGACAAGCAAUUCGAUGCACUAAAGAAAUCCGUGGAACCAUUUAUACCCCUAAUUCGUUUCUUCGAGUUUUCAUCCAAGGAUUUCUAUUAUAAAGUCCGACCAUAUAAAAAAAUUCUUCCACGAAAUAUUUAUGAAGACGUUAUGUCACAUCACCUGGCAGGUACUGAACCAAAGACUCCAAAUUUGACUCCAAGAAUGGGUCGAUGGAAAAUUGAUUCAAACAUAAUCAAAUCUAGACAUGCUGCAAUUCUGGCAAAUUGGAUCAACAGAAGUGGUGAAAAGUUUGGUGUCACAACAAAGGUUCCUUAUGAGUUCACACUUCUUUAUCGUGGCUCACUCCAUGGAUUCAAGGAUGAGGUGUUUCGUGGUUACGUCAACAAUCAGGGAUCGGCUAUCGUAGUAAUUAAGGUUAGCCGUGUGGACGAUUCCAAUUACGCUGUCUACGAUAACGCGAAUAAUGGUGCACAAUUUGGACAGAGCGACUUGGUCGUAAAAAAUAUGAUCGGUACUUGUAACAUUCAUUCGUAUGCAGACAGCAUUUUGGAUACCAAUAGUUUUAUUAUCGAAGAGAUCGAGGCUUUCAAGAUAGUGGAAAAAAUAGAUUCAAGUAUUUAA